AGAAGGGAUGAGAGAAAAAAAAAUAUCGUCGCACAAAAAAGCGACAGCUUUCACAACUUUCGCCAAGUAUUUUUCACGAGUGUAACGUAAUUGAAUUGACGCGUUGACCGAUAAUUAAAUACCGAUUUAGAUUUAUCGACGGAAGGGUAAACUAUUACGAGCUCGGAGGUAUACAGAGAAGAAACAUUUUGUGGAAGAAAUGGUGCGAACACGUGGAGAAUUUGCUCGCGAGCAAGAUGAACGGGAGCUCGUUGUCGGAGACAACUGCUGCAAGUUCAUCGAGCAGUACAACCUUGUACAUCCUUUCCUCGGAGAUCGAGAUUCGGAAGAACUCGAAGAAAAAUGGGAAAAGAGCAGUGUGCAGAAUAUGGACUCAUUACGGAGGCGCAGGUGAUUACGCGCCUCCGACGUGGUGUCAGAAGGAUUUGUAUCUCGGGCCAUCUUACAACGAGUUGAUGGACGGUCGAUACGCCCCGAUUCCCAUAAGAUUCGCCGGUGCCAGCCUGGAAGAUAUCAAGACCGAGCUGGAGGAUUUCUCACCGAUCAAGAUCGAGAAAAUGACGCGUAGCUGGCCUACGUGUCGGUGUUUCAAGGAGAAACACAAGAACGACGUUCUUUGCGACGUACUGUUCAUCAGAGAUCACAAUCGGAAAUAUUACAAUACGAGCAAAUUCUACACGACCUGCCAGGGUUGCCCCCGUAACCACUUGCAAACGAAGAUAUUGGAGGAUAGAGCGAUCGAGAAAAGGAGCGUGUGGUACAGGCAGGAAACGUUGGACGAGGCGCUCGCGAAAGAGGAGAGGGAAGAGGCGAGGAGUCCUAAAAAGGGUCUGACGAGAAGGAUAUCCCGAUUCGGUUUCGGAGUGCCGGAGAAAUGCCACUCGGGAUUGGUUCUCGGCCCGAUUAACGCGGACCGCGAGUUCACCACGGAUAUGAGCGUGAAACAGGCGCACAAUUUCUACGCUCUGAUGGAAAACGGUGUAAAGGUUUGGGAGGGCAAGAAGAAGGGUCGAUGCAAGUCGUUGUAUUGCAAACACUUCAGGAGAUACGGUAUCUGCACCGCGCCUCAUUUUCAUUACGCGCUUGGCCCCUGGUCGGUCCAACCGGGAGAACGGUGCACCCUCCAAGGUCGAAGAUCGUUCAGCUUGGUCACGAUACGCCGACAACCGAUCGACUCGGAAUUGAAACUUCCCGUUUCCCGCCGCCAAUUGGCGGCCAGUAUCUCGUACACCGCGCUUCAAUCGGGUAGGUUUGGGUCGAUCGGAGCCACCACGAAGGGCCGUAUCGUGUUGUUUUGGACACCGGAAUAUUGGUACAGACCCAAGCCCGCCUCCGCCGCUUACAGGGAGGUGAGGCAACACUUGACCCAUUUGAGAAAUUUUCGCCAAGAGAAGGAACGGCCGUCCAAACGGAAGUUGUUCGGCAGGCGAAAGAAAUACCAAUACGAAGAUUCCAUCAUUGUCCCCGAGGAGAAGUACAGUUUCCUGGAAAGGAUCUUCUCCGGUAAUGGGUCUUGCAAGAAGAAGAAGAAGUUGGAAAAUCAAGAGAACAGUACCAAUGAUCAGUUGAGACGAUUAUUGAGAAUGGAUUUCAGAAUAACAAUUUGGGAUAUAAACAGCGACAUCCUGGCGAUGCAGUUGACUUUGAUCGAUCGCGAUCUCUUCGUUCGUAUCCCGACGGAGGAAAUCGAGAUAUUGGUAUUUCAAAGGAGUUCGAGGAACGCGCCCAACUUGGCGGCGUGGAUAGCGUUCAGUCAUCGCAUAUCUUGCCUGAUGGCGAGCGAAAUUCUGGCCGUGAAAAAAUUACCCAUGAGAAGCAGGAUCGUCGCGAGGCUAGUGAACGCGGCCAAGAAGUGUUACGUCAUGGGAAAUUUUCAUUCGUGCAGAUCGAUCUUGGCCGGAUUGCAGGCGCCGCCGAUUUUCAGACUUCGAAAAACGUGGAAUUACUUGCGCACUCAUCACGCCAAUAGAUACGAGACCAUGGAAAGACUUUGCAAGAUUUACAAACAUCCGUGCACCCAGAUGUAUCGGCAAGCUUGGGCCAAAGUUGAAACUUGCAAUUCGUCCUUUAUGCCAUACGUGGGCCACCUUUUGCUCAGACUUUUGGAUCUGAAUAAUUCGAACAAUUGUCACGAUACCGUUGUCCACGUGCACGAUGGAAUAAAAAAUGCAAACGAUCUUUGUAAAAAAAUGUCUAUAGGUAUAAUUAAGGACACGACAUCGAGUCGUGAUCAGAGUAAUAAUUUGGAACAGAAACAGGAGUGUAGAAAGAAUAUCUUCGCUUCUAUUCUAACGAGAAUGAAGAAUAAAAAGGACGAAAAGACGAUUUACGAGGAGAAGUCGGAUGGAACGUGGACGAUCAAGGAACAGGAUUUAGCGUGGAAAUAUUUCUUUCGUUGGUACAACGCCGUUUUGAAGAGGAAAUUUCGUCACAAGGAAGAGGAAAGAUUAAGGGAUAUGGAUCCGAGGAUGAAACGAGUUAUAGACGUCGUGACUUGGAUGGUGGAUUGUCAGAGACGGGCUCAAGGAUACAAUUUUCCAGGCCACUCGUUCACGAAGGAAUUUUUGUUGAAGACUCGAUACAGGGAGGAUCGGGAAAAUUUUUUCAUCAGCUUGAAAUUGGAACCCUCGAUGAUAACUUGAACAAAAGAAUUUAAGGAAACUUGGCAGUUUAUUGUCAACAAUAAGAGAAAGGAAGACGAAUAAGAGAGCGGAAUUUUUAAGUUAUUAUUAUCACUCGAGUAUUCGUUAGAUCGUCGAGAUAGAAUUAGAAACGUGUUAAAAAAAAUGUAUAAAAAUCAUUUGAUAAAUAGUAGUGAUUAUUAAGUCUUCCUUACGAAUGGCUGAAGUUUUCAAUGCAAUUUAUGUAGUCCUCAAACGGCAUGAUUAAUCAUCGUCAUCGUCGAUCAGGAAUAAGUUGUACGCUACAAUAUAACGGUGGAUUAAAUAAAAAAAAAAAAUAAUAAAAAAAGAAGAAGAAGAAGAAGAAGAAGAAGAAGAAGAAGAAGAAGAAGAAGAAGAAGAAGAAUAACGAGAAAAUAAAACAAACGUAAAAGAAUUGUAGAAAUUAAGUAAAUUUAUAUAUACUAUAUAUAUAUAUAUAUAGAUAUAUACAUUUUUAUAUACAUCGAUCAUUUGCUGAAACAGUGUAUCUACAUGUGCUUUGUACUUACAUAUUUAUAUAUAUCGUUUUAAUAAAAAUUUCAGAUCCACUUACAAUAUAUUCGAACAUCAUUGAUUAAAACCAUUUUCUAACAAUUACAACAAAAUAAAUAUCUUUUUUCAUCAUGUUUUUUUAUUCUGAAUAUAGAUAUGAAUAUGUAUGUAUAUAUUCUGAAUAUAAUGCACACAAAAUUGUUGCUAUACAUGUGCACAUAUUGUUUCUUCGAUAAGAUUUAUUCAGUCGUAAAUUUGAAGAAAAGAAAAGA